ACCAAUCAAAUUGAAGAAUUUUAGUUGCAAAGCUGCUUUCUCCGCAGCCAUUAUCACAUCUGAUGUGUACUAUACUGCACUUGAGGUACAUAUAAUUUUAUUUACUGUCACUUUUCACAAAUUAAUUUGCAAAAUCUGAUUAUAAAAGAGACAUUGAUGUCCGAGUUUCUGAUUGGUAGUUUGAUGUGUAUACUGAUUGGGUAUCCCUUCCUAAGUGAAGCAACCAUAUUGUGACCGCAGCUGUUUACGUAGAUGACAGCUGACACGUGGUCGCCAAGCUGUAUUGCUACGAGAGUUAAUUCAUCGGACUAUCUGAGUCCAUCGUUGAUUUCUUGUCAUUAAGCUUUCGCAUUAUAGUAGAUUUUUAAAUUAAAUUAUUGCUCUUAUAAUUUUGCUUGUUUUGACAAAUUUUACACUAACGAAGUACGGAAUAUGUUUAUAUUAAACAGUUUAUAUUUAUGACAUUGAAGUGGUCCAAAUAUGUCGACGCUGAAGGUGAUGCCGUGAUGAUAUCCGGACUUUGAUGGGAGUUCGAUUUCGAGUUUCUUUUAUAUAUAGAAUUUUAAUCACUCCUCUCGAUCCUUUUUAAGCUUUUUGUAUGUCAUGGUCUUUCCACUUCCACUGUGCAUGACAGAAUUGACAGUCCAGUCAAGUGGCUGAGUGGCGGCAAGUGGCGCCAGUGGCUGAGUCAGUCUGACGUCUGACCAAGUCUGACUCUGAUAUCAUUGGGUCCUUGAAUGCGUUCUCGCAUUUACCGGAUCGCACCAGAUGCUUCCCGAGAGACUGUCCUCUCGAAAAAGGGAGAACGGACACGUCAUAGACACUCGACAAGAGUCAACGUAUAAGUUUCUAUUCGUUUGACGCUCUCCUAUAUUUAAACAAGAUGUGUAUAUCAGUGACGGCGCUUGGUCGACGAGGAUUUACCCCGAGGGAUGUUAUGCGACUCGGCGUUAAGCAACUUUAUUGCGAAUCGUCAAUGAACAACGUGCUAUCACGACGAUGUCCCGCAUCGUUGUGCGUCGCCGAUGUCUCGCGAGUUCUGGGCUGGUUUCGCGAGAGCUCGAAAAUGUUCUCUUCCGUGAGGACUCCGAUUUCCCCCGACGUCGUCGUCGACGCUCUGACAAAGCGGCAAGCAAAGGAGUUGGUGUCAAAGCUCACCUCGGAAGAACGUGGUUUGUUCUUGACAGCAUUGAACGAAUGCAAAUCAGCGGAGCAGAAGGCUGGUUAUGAAGGUCAACUGGCAGCUAUCCGAUGGAGAAGCAAGUUAGGCAGACCUAGCAAAAUACCAUCGUUAGGCGAAGUAGAUCCUACAGGAACCUACUGCCCUAUGCCGGAUGAUUGGUUAAACCGCAAGUACGUUGAACACGUUGCAGAGCCAUCCACAAAAGACUUGGUAUUCGUCGCGAUCGCGAAUGCAAUUCCGUUCGUUGGAUUUGGUUUUCUUGACAACUUCAUCAUGAUCGUUGCUGGCGAUCAAAUCGAAUUGAUGCUGAACAGAAGGUUCCCUAUCUCCACCAUGGCAGCGGCAGCGCUAGGUAACACGGUAUCAGACGUCAUUGGAAUCGGUUCGGUGCAUUAUGUUGAGAUAUUUGCUCAAAAAAUCGGUUUCGAAGCGCCCAAAUUAACUCUAGCACAACUGAAUCUAAAUAGGACACGGAUAGCUGCGAAUGUGGGUCGAGUUAUCGGUGUUACGAUUGGAUGCAUUAUUGGCAUGACGCCUAUACCGUUAGCCGCGCUUUUCCGCAAUGAUAGCUGAA